GAUCAUGAUACUAUAGAAACAGUGACGUAUUUCGCUAUCUUUCGUUGAGUUUCACCCUUUGCUUUUAUACCCUCUCCAUAACAAUCAGAUACGCUGCUUUCGUUCACGAAUGACAAAUCGAUUGCGCGAUCGCCGGCCUCAUACCACCAGCACUAGUGACGAGGGCACAUCUCUGCCGCUCAUCUCUAUCCAUCGACACAUCUCUACCGCACAUAUACAACGGCCAAAUUCGUUUUUGUGAUUUGGAAUUGCUCAAAACUAAAGAGUGAUCGAACAUCAAGCCUAGGCAAAUUUAAGCCUUAGCCGACACUUUGAUUUCAUGAUGCAGCAACAACCCCCAGCUUACACGCCAAGCCAAACUCAAAUGGCUCCACAACAUCAGGUGGUGACAGUGCAGCAGGGGGCUGCACAAGUGGUUUCAAGCGGCCAAUCAAGGCCAGGCAACUGGAAGAGUAUGAAAGUGACGGGAGUCAUGCAGAUUGUACUGGGAGGUCUGACCGUUGUCUUGGGCAUUGUUGCCUGUGCCAUUCAGGCCUACUUUUACUUCGUCGGACACGCUUUUUGGUGUGGUCUUGGGUUCUACUGCGUUGCUGGCAUCUUGGGUACAGUCUCUGGAGUGAAGGCAAACCAGGGUGCUGCGAUCGGUUACAUGGUGAUGUGCAUCUUUGCGUGUUUUGCUGCCUGUACCGUCAUUGGUUUCAGUGCUACAGCAGUAGCUGUGGACGCAGGAAGCUGCUACUAUUACUACGGAUGUAAUGAGACCGGCCGAGUGGCUGUAGAUGCUAUGCUGGUUAUCCUGGCUGUUGCAGAGUUCAUUAUCGCCAUUGUUGGUGCUAGUGUGACCUGCAGCGCUGUCUGCUGUUCAACGCCAAGCAGUACUGUGAUUCACUACCAAGCUCAUCCACACGUUGUUGUUGCUGGUCAACCUCAGGGAGCGGUAGCUUAUUAUUCUGCACCAGGCCAGCCUCAGUUUGCCUACUCUACCCAGCAAGUGUUCACGACUCCUCAGGGACAGUAUCUGCCUCCCCCUCAAGGACAGGCUCCAGCCCAGGCUGCACCCCAGGCUGCACCCCAGGCCCCGCCCACUGAACAUCACUACCAGCCACUUGCUAAAUAAAUGAUGCAGUUGGCUCUGUGUCAAGAUGCUGGGGGUUGUAAAAUUUCUUGAGUGGACCCAGCAUCAAACAUCAAAUUAAUGUAAGGAACUGGUCAGAUCUAAGUUUGCACUGCUUGUAAUUUCAGUAGAAUUUAUGGCAAGUUGUUUUCCCGCACACUUUAGGACAUUGAGAUUCAAAUGAUCAAGGUCAACUUUUCAGUUGAUCAGUAGCAAGGAUUUUUAUUUUUAAGGAAUAUAAGAUUUGUUGUAAUAUCAUCAUUGGGUAUGUAGUUCCAUUUAAUGUGUAAUCCAAACUGUCAGAGGACACUUGUUCAUUUUACUUUUUUACCAGAGUAUAUUUCAGGCUUCAGUCUACAGAUCUUCUUGUAAAUAAUUUGUUGCUGUGUCGUUUUAAAAUCUAUAGCAGACUUGACUAAAUUCAGUAUUCACAGAAUAAACCGAAUGGGUGUGAGUGUAUUAUAUUUUUAUUCACAUUUAAACUUCUUGAAUUAUAUUUGUUAAGCAGCCUUUUUACACAUGUACUGGUAUACGUAUUCAAUAGUAGUGGUCAUUAGAGUGAAAACUAUCCCUGUUUGCUUGUAAAGGUUUCAAAUAAUACUUAAUAUUAGUUCUUUCAUAUGGAAAUAUUUGUGUAAAGCACUGCCUUACAAUUCAAACCGAAAUUAAAAUUCAGUCAAUCAUUUACAGUGUGUAAGGAGAGUCGAUUAACACUGCUAACCCUGCUGGUAUAAGAACAGCAGACGAGUGGGACACCUGUGGUCGGUUGUGACCACUUCUUAUUCAAUACCUGAUUGGCCAUUACUAUGAUAAUAGCACUUCCAAUUUCAGUGUGCAGUUCAUCGCACAGGGUCUUCUGUUUGUUCAUGUAGGCAAAAUGAAAUAUUACAUUGAAGCUUUCCUGAUAAUGCAGUUUAGUGUGAAAUUGACUAACCUCAAAAAUAUAUUCCAUAUGGGAGAUAGUACAUGUAAAUAAGUAAAAGUUUGUGUGAACUCAUGUAUUAUUAUACAUCAGUACUACGUUUUGCUCACUGUGACUUAUAUAACGGGUUUUGCCCGUACCCAACGUAUGUACAUGUAUUUAUGAACACUGUGUACUCAGUGCCGUUGUAUCUUUAUAUUUCCUACAUAUUCUGGAGGCCUUGCACCUGCGGUUCAAUAAAUUCGAAACCACGCACACUCCCGGGCGACCCAAAUAAUGCUCAGGAAACCAGCUUGAGAAUACGUGCAAUGUUAAUACACGGUUAGAAUGGGCUACACCACAGCGCGUUUGCAAUAUAUCUGGUUUAAAUGUCUUACAUGUUAUUUUGUAAGAUAGUCGUGUCUAUUUUUUUCCUUCUGAUGAUGUUUGUCAUCAUUCCCUUUUAACAUAUCAGUACAUGUUUUCGUCUGCACUACAGUGCAUGUAAAAUUGUAAAGUAUUUCAAUCUGAAUAUUUUAGUACCAGUGUUUUUAAGAUUGGUUUGUUUCAUUCUCAAAUAAGACCAUGUUUUUGAAACUUGAUCUCUGUUCGUUGUCAGCUGAUUUUCAUGCAUACUGUGUUGUGUUUAUGCAACCCCUGACCCGGAUGAAUUCUUGACAAGCGAUCUGAUUAGAUCACACCAAAAUAAGUUGCACCACAUAGCAACCGCCGGGUUCAGUAUUCAGAGCUGGGAGCGUCGUCCUCUUCAUUGCUGAGACUAGUUCCAAGAAGGCCCUCAAAGCCGCUAUACUAGGCACGAAAUGGGACGAACGAAUCUCCCAGGUAUGUCGUGUCGCAGUGUAACAUGCCGGGUACACGCAUGCGCGUAAAAUAUAAUGACGAAGCGCCAUCUCUACGUACCCGUCGUGCCGGGCGCAAGCCAUGCUCGAUACAGAAUUAGGGCUACAGUUACAUGGACAACAGUUAAUGCUCUUAAUUUGCACAAACCUCAUUGUCUGAAAUAAAAUCUGUUUUCUAAGUAAAUGCUUCGGAAUUUUCCUUGCUAAAUUUCACUUUUUGGAACAUGUAAUCACCUCAUUGCGGCUAUUGUUUCUGUUCUACAAAGUAUAUAUUUUGCCUUAUAUCAUAACUGGUCUGGCGUCGCAGCGAGGUGGUGGCGCUUCGUCGUAUUUAUUACUUUUGUUCUAUAUUUUUAGUUUCGUGCUCUAUAGUUCGUUCUAUAUUUAUUAGUUUUGUCUUUAUAUAUGUUUUUUUCCGUAUAUUUAUUACUUUUUUGUCCUUUAAACCUUCGUCAAAUGUUUUGUCCUAUAUAUGUAUACUUCUUUUAAUUUCGUCCUUAUGGCGCUAUGCGUGUGGAAGGACGUGAAGUUUUUGUUCUCGGUCUGGGCUAAGGAAAUCGCUUAAAAUGUGGUCUUUUGAAUCGCCAUCAGUGUUUUUAUCCUAUUAAUAAAGGACUUUUAACCCA